UUGGUACUAGGCACCAAUGACUUGCUUAUUUUGACAUUUCGUUGUGAUUCGCGUUUUUUUGACAGCCGACACAAGACAAAACCGUUUCGUGAGGGUUUUAUUGCAAUUAACUUCUUGUCAUCCCAUUUGUAUUCUUUGUGAUUUCUAAACUGAAAUAAGAAAGCGAAUUAGGAACUACUGCACGAAUGAAGAUGUCAACGUUGGAAGAUAAGUCCAUUUGGGACGAUGGCGAAGAAUCGCUCGGUGAAGAAGUACUUCGAAUGCCUACCGACGAAAUUAUAAGCCGGACAAGGUUAUUAGACAACGAGAUUAAAAUUAUGAAGAGCGAAGUUAUGAGAGUAACGCACGAACUCCAAGCGCAAAAUGAAAAAAUUAAGGAAAAUACAGAAAAAAUCAAAGUUAAUAAAACCUUACCCUAUUUAGUUUCGAAUGUGAUCGAGCUUUUGGAUGUCGAUCCUCAAGAAGAAGAAGAAGAUGGUGCAGUUGUCGAUCUGGACGCACAGCGAAAAGGAAAAUGCGCCGUUGUUAAAACUUCCACGCGUCAAACCUACUUUUUACCAGUAAUCGGCUUGGUUGAUGAAGAAAAAUUAAAACCAGGUGAUCUAGUCGGUGUUAACAAAGACAGUUAUCUGAUCUUGGAAACCCUUCCUGCUGAAUAUGAUGCACGCGUUAAAGCGAUGGAGGUUGAUGAGCGCCCAACGGAACAGUAUUCUGAUAUUGGAGGCUUAGAUAAACAGAUUCAAGAGUUAAUCGAAGCCGUCGUUUUGCCGAUGACCCAUAAAGAAAAAUUCUUGAAUUUAGGAAUCCAUCCACCAAAAGGUGUUUUGCUCUAUGGGCCUCCAGGAACUGGAAAAACAUUGUUAGCUAGAGCUUGCGCGGCUCAAACGAAAUCGACAUUUUUAAAAUUGGCCGGACCACAAUUGGUGCAAAUGUUUAUCGGUGAUGGGGCGAAAUUGGUGAGGGAUGCCUUUGCAUUAGCCAAGGAGAAAAGUCCGGCGAUCAUUUUUAUUGAUGAAUUGGACGCGAUCGGUACGAAGCGGUUCGAUUCUGAAAAGGCGGGUGAUAGAGAGGUUCAAAGAACUAUGUUGGAACUUUUAAAUCAGUUGGAUGGGUUUAGUUCGACAUCAGAUAUUAAAGUUAUAGCUGCGACUAAUCGAGUUGACAUUUUGGAUCCAGCACUUUUAAGAUCAGGUCGCUUGGAUCGUAAAAUUGAAUUUCCACAUCCUAAUGAAGAAGCCAGAGCUAGAAUAAUGCAAAUCCACUCCCGGAAAAUGACGAUAAAUCCGGAUGUUAAUUUUGAAGAAUUAGCUCGAUCAACGGACGAUUUUAACGGGGCUCAGUGUAAAGCCGUUUGUGUUGAAGCUGGAAUGAUCGCUUUGCGAAGAAGCGCAGUAGCUGUAACCCACGAAGAUUACAUGGAUGCUAUCAUGGAAGUUCAAGCCAAGAAGAAAGCUAAUUUGAAUUAUUACGCUUAGAUAAUAAUAAUUAAGUGCCCGUUUAAUUUCUUGGGAAUGUUCUGUAAGUUUAUUUGUAUGAUUUUUUCAAUUAUUAAAAAACAAUAAAAAACUAAAAGUA